AUGUUCGAGCGACACCGGAAAGAAAACGGCGCCAUUGAGGUGCCGCUCCGGGAUGACGAAGUAGAUGCAUUGUAUAUUGCACUUCGAAUCGCUCAUCUACGCUUCCAUGAGAUACCAAGGAAAGACGGCCUUACAAUCGAUGCCCUACUCGAGCUCGCUGUCGUGUGCGCCAGAUACGACAUUGUCAAGCUUGUUCGGCCGUUCCUGGAUCUCUACGGAUGGGCGCAAUGCCACUAUCCCGAUACGGACUCCGGAGAACGAUGCGAUCCCGGCUGGUUCUAUGUUGCCUGGACUUUCGGCUACAAGGACAGCUUUCAACGUCUUACCCGGUUCACGGUGAAGAAGAUCGGGCUAGAUGACGACGGGAACGCUAUCAUGGACGACGGCCAAAAGCUCCCAAAGUAUAUGCCUCCAGGGCUUCUGGAUAUGCUGACCAACCUUCAAGAGCGCAUGCUGCAAAUCAGGGAAGCUACACUUUCGGCUAUGCUGGAUGUUCUCUACGAUAUUCUAGACGAUAUCAUACACGUGUAUGUCUGUCAAGUCGAUGAAUCAUGGGAGCCCAAGUGUCGAGCCAUGGUUCUAGGCUCCUUCAUCUCUUUCCUCUUGGAGAAUGAUCUCUAUCCAGCACGACGGAGAGCUUCCGAAACUCCCUUCAGCAUCCAAAAGCUGUACGACCUCGCGCACUCUGCCCAGAUCUUGACUUUCGAAUCACAUGACUAUACAGGUAUGGCGGCACAUAUCCGGCGGUCUAGUUGGGAUCCUGCAAACGUUACGGCGGAGACAUUCAAAAACAAUGGCGGCCUGACUCUGCACAAGAAGUGUUUUGGGGCCUUUCAUCUCCGAUCGAAGCUGAAGACUAUUUACUCAGACAUAGGCUCAGCCGUGCUCCAAUCUCACAUUGAGCACAUGGAUAAGCAGGCUCUGAAGUAA